GCACUGAAAGUGGACUUCCCCAAACUUUGGUUUCUGGAGUUGGAUCAGUCACUAAGACAAUGUGACUUUGGUUUUCGGGACCUCGCGCACGUUAAUUACAAGGUCGCCUUCUUUUUCUAUGUUAGGAGUAUUUAUUCUGCGGCGUUUGUUUAGUAUGAGUUACAGGAACGCAGAGAUGGACUGGAGGUGGAUAGUUUUCACACUGUUUUUGAACUUCCAGUUCACGUACGGGUCUCCCUCAUCUUAUGACUUAUUCCAGGGUUCUGCAUACGCUGGAGUGGUGCACAGACACAGGAAUAGGAACUGGUGUGCCUAUGUGGUGCGCAAGAACGUGAGCUGCGCCGUGCAGGGGAGUGUGGAGAGCUUCCAGGAGCCCGUGCUGGCCCCCUGCCCAGCCUACCAGUCCGACUGCCAGCAACAAGUGACAUACCAUAACCGGUUCCGACCUACAUACAAGAUUGCUUUCAAGACCGUCACAGAGUUGGAGUGGAGAUGCUGUCCUGGUUACCAAGGUCUAGACUGUAAAGAUUUAAAACCACCUCCGGACAGACAAAUAGUGCAAGGAACUCAGCCCUACCGCCCACCAAAUGUUGGCUAUACACCCAGACACACCCAGAGGCCAGAGCGGAGAGAGACAGGGCAUCAUGAGACAAGGCAUGGUGGGACAGAUAAGGUGCACCUCCUGGAAGGUGAAGUUCAGCGCCUCUCUCAAACAGUCCUGGAUCUCCAGUCUGCCUUGACAGGGUUAACUGCAAACCUCAAAACAGACCUGCAGGAUGACACAAAGAAAAUGCUGGUGACCCUUCUUAACAACAUGCGUCCACCAGAUAGUUCAACUGCCUCAGGUACAGAUGAGAACCCGGCAGUGCUGGAUGGUCAUCAAGCCACUAGAGGUGGGAUUGCUGGAGAAAAGGCUAUAGAAAAAAUAGUGGCCCGGCUGGAUGAUAUCAACGACGCACUGAAGAGCAAAGAAGAAGCCUUGGAAGACCUCAGGGGAACCAUGACCAGUCAUGAGGGGCAGAUCCGUGUCCUAAUGGAUGCCUCCCAAUCCCAGACUCCAGCUGUAGGGGACUUUGACAUUAUACAGAACUACAUUGACGGAAAGCUUGAGAAGCUGAAGAAGGAACUGGAUCUGAAUGUUGAGGAACAGGUGGCCAAGCUUCAAAGCUCACACAACAACAAGAUCCAGGCCUUGCAGAAGACCUGUGAAGGAAGCUGUGACCAUGGUUUGGUAAGACUUACAAAGCUGGUGGAUGCAAAGGAGGCUGAUUUGAGAAAAGAGAUCCGGAUACUACGUCUGGAGAUGGCCGCCUCCGAUGGACCAGUAAGAACCCAAAGGCAGACAGAUCCAUCAAAAGUGGGAGAGGAUCGCGGGGAUGACCACAGUGACCUGUGGCGUGAGAUUGACCGAAUUGCAGAGGCACACCGGAUCCUGAACGUCCGCAUUGACAACGAGCUGGCGCACCUGUCUGGACCUCAGGAUGACAAUGACUUUAGCUCAAUGAUUGAAGAAGUGGAGGCACGCAUCAAUAUCUCAGAGCAAAAUGCAGAGUCCCACUGUUUCUAUAUUAAGGAUAAGCUGACGCGUAAGAUUGCUGAGGAAGUGGCAGCACUUCGUUUGCUUCUUGAUGAGCGCCUGAACAACAUGGAGGACCAGUUUACCAACAUGCUGGUGGAAAUGAGCAACAACUCCUUCCCUGGCAUGUUUGGUGACUCCAUGGAUGCUGUCCAGACACAAAUCAACAACAAUAAGUUCCUCCUCCAAGGUUUAGAUGAAAAGGUCAAUGCUGUUGCAGAAUUGUGCUCUGCAGGAUGCUCAGGCUCAGGAGUUCCUUUAGAUUCAGAAAGUUCAUCAGCUGCACCUAGCAGUUUGCUAAUGAUUUUAAAGGACCUGAGUCAGUACAGGAAUGCCUUGGACAUUAUUCACACAAAUGUCGGUGUCAACGAAGACAAGCUGAAGAAAAUGGAGGAAUUUUUUAGAAGUCAGUCAAUCGAAAAUGAGAGGAGUACCAAGAUGAUGAUAGAUCUCGAAGAUAAAAUGAGAGGACUAUCUGGGGCUGUUACUGGGUUGGGUGACUCUCUAAGCAGGCACAAGCAGGAUAUGCACAGAAUAAACUCGACUUGCUGCCAUGCUGAACAAGGUGGUACUGGGAGUCCAACAAGGAAUAACUGGACACCAGUCGUUGGUGUACCAAGUGUCCAAACUGAUGGCACCAGACGUCAGGUGGAUGAGCUGAGGAAUAGGCUUGAUACACUCAGUACGCAGGUGUCUUCUGAAUUAAGACAAUGUAAACAGAACACACAGGGUGUCUCUCAUGACAUUUCUGCUGUGGAUGGACGUGUGGCCCGACUUGAAAAGGUGUGUGGAAGGCUCGAUGGGGUUUCUGACAGUAUCAAAGAGCUGAAGGAUGGACUGGAGAGACAUGUUGGUGGUCUGCGAGACUGUGCGUACAGGAUGAAUGCUACCUGUGGUAAAUAUGGUUCGGACAUCACUGCACUGCAGAACUCCAUGCAGAGGCUCCAGGGACAGCUGUCUGCGAUGGCCAAACAUGUUUUGAAAGAUGUAACCACCAAAGAGCCAGGAAUGAACUUAAGACCGGAGAGGCCUGCAUCUGUGCCAGAUUCAACUCAGACCAGACCCAGAAUCCAAGAAAUCCACAUCCCUCUAAACAUCCCUUCACAGCCACAGUCCAGACAGCCGUACAGACCCAACCAACGAACACAGACAAACACACAUACGAUCAGGACCAAUCCGCCUAGCCAGCCGUCCAGCCCCCAGCAACCAGGCUACCACACCCUUCCCCUGGUUCCCGUCAGGCCAGUGGUGGAGACGGGCGAGGCUGGACCUCCAGGGUACAUGCGCAGGGUGACUGUUCGCAGAGGGUCUGAGGACUCGUCUAGCAUCCCGGUUAAAGGAUUUGCUGGAGCACCAGGCUAUCCUCCCCUGCAGCCUGCAUCUUUCAAGCCUCAAUCAACGAGCCGCCAAGUUCCAUUAGCAGCAAAGGUGCCAUGGAACCCGAUGUUUCAAACUCCAGUCGAAUCACAAGUGUCAGUCGACAACAGUGCCUUUGCAGAUCCCUUCUCCUUCUCUGCUGGCCUCACGCAGCAGUCCCUCUACGGAGACUUUGGUGUUAUCCGCUUCAACAGAGUUCUAGUCAAUGACGGUGGACACUACAAUCCACACGCAGGGAUCUUCACUGUACCUCAGGACGGCAGAUAUUUAAUUUCAGGACUGCUGACAGCCAAGCAAGGCAACCAAGUCCAGGCUGUCUUGUCCGUGUCUAACCGUAGCGUCCAGAGGCUGCAGACCUCGGUGGGGCCUGUGACGGGUCAACACGGAGGCUCAGCUGCUGGUAACUGCGGCUGCGGGGGCUCAGUGUCCUUCAGCCUGAUCCUGCCCCUGAAGAAAGGAGACCGUGUGGGCCUGGUGAGGACUGGGGGCCAGCUGGCCACCACCGAGGCCAGGGAGAUCCUGUCCACCUUUAGCGCCAUCUUCCUGUACUCACCACAGGCCAAGAGAUAGCUGGAGCUCGGCUGCACACUGGAAGAAAAGACUAGUUUGAUCCCCUUGGACUGGAGGAAAAAUUGACGUUAGUUUUCACUGAUUUGCUGUGAUGCAACCGUUUCACCACACAGGGCCACUGUAAAAAAAAUCCUCAGUUAGAAAUUCAACUUAGACGUCAUUGCAUUGCUAUUUGUUAGCUGUGUGCUAAAUAUACCUGAAUACAAGAAGCAGAAUUUGUUUCUAAUAUAUUUGAUUUUAAGUUGCCUUUUGUACCUAUUGUGAAUGUCUUGUAUAUAUAAGUGUUUAUAAAUUAACAUUAAAACACCAAAAUAUGGUUUUAACUAACAAAACCAUCUCAGAGAUUCAAUUUAUGAUCACAACAGCAGAAUACAAUAUCGUUGGCAAGGCAAUAACCACCUGUUAGAGUGUGAGCGCACUUCAUCUUGUUGUGUAAUCAGCACUGUAGAAGUAGAAAAUGAUCAAUAAUAAACAAAAGUGGAAAAACAUGGUGUGUAGCAACACAGCAAGCUUUUAAAAAUGUUACAAACUUGGCUGGCUGUAGAGAACUGGUCAUAGAAAGGCAAGGUUGGAAGGCAAAAUCCCACUUGGGUCGUUACGUAAAGUGGGUGUGGAUGAAAAAUAAAUUUCCCCUCUCUUCACUCCUGAGACUGAGAAAAUAUUCCAGCAGCACUGUGUAAGGAGCAGCAGGAGGGUAUUUAGCCUCAGGUCCUGCCUUUAAAAAGAGAGAAAUAGUGAUUUCUAUUCAGCCAUAGAGUGAUUUACUGCUUUUAUAAAUAUUUAAUGUUUGUGUGCUUCAAUAAAACAAACAGGAUUUGGGAUUUAAACUGCAA